GCGGAGCGCUCAGUCCAGCUUUGGCCGCGGUAUCGGCCAGUCGUCUACCCCGUCGCGAGCAUCCGCACCCCGAACUUCGUAUAGUGCGCGAAAAUGAAGUGCAUUACGUUUGUUCUGUUAAGUUUCACCGUGGCGCUCAAUGUCUUUGGAGCUGAAAUCCAGAUCCGUGAUGAGCUGCAAGCUGUUGCCGAGCAGAUCUCCAUCCUGAAGACAAUGCACAACACCGAUGUAUCUGACAUUAAGAAGGACAUUGAUGAUCUGAAGCAAGUGUCGGCUAUCCACUCUACUAACAACCACGAGCGCAACGAGCAUGCUACCCUGCAGUGGGCCAGGCGAUCUAUGGAUGAGAUCCGAGUCGAGAUGCGAGAACUGGAAGAGAGUGUCAACAACUCCGUGCUUCUUCGUCAGCUUCAUGUCAUCCGUAACGAGUUGAAACAGGCUUUGAUGGAAACCUCAGAUCUGGCCCAGCUUGCCCGCACCCAAGAAGCUCGUAUCGAUAAACUGGACAGCGAGGUUGGACGCAUGAAGUACGAAGGACAACAGAUGAGGACUGUGAUCGCUGAACAACGCACCCACAUCAACAAGCUUUCGAAAGAGGUCAAGGCUAAGCAGAUUGCUGACAUGAAUCUUGAGAAUGAAAUCCUGGAGCCCUAUGAGAACCGACCUGGACCGCUCAAGCCUGAACGUAACCACAAGUAUCGCCAUAACAAGAUGGUGCAUGCCCAAAUCUCCCGCCUGGCUCAUUCUCAAGACCAGCUGGAUGAAUUCCAGCAAAGCUUGCAAACACAGAUCCUCGAUGUUCAACGCCGGAUGGAUAGAUUCGAGGAGCCCAAUUGGAACCUGCUGUCAGCUAAAGUCGAAUUUUUAGAAUUGGAAACCAAGGUCCUGGAUGAUCAUUUGAAGAACGUGACGCAGAAGGUUUCGGACUUUGAUAAGGUCCAUGCUUCGAUUCUGGAACUUCGCGAAGACAUUGAAAGUAUCGAAAACAAAGCUGACAAAACUAUCCCUGAGUUCCGUAAGGAGAUUUCGAAGUUGGACGUCAACUUUGCUCAGCUUAACGCUGCAUCGUCGUACUUCAAAGAAGACCAGGAGAACUUGAGACAGUCAGUGAAGGCAAUUGCGGUCAGCGUUAGCAACGCAAUCGACAGGGCCGAGAUGGACAGACUGGUUGUGAAGAAGAUCAAUGAGUCUGUGGAAGAACUCGAGGCGCGUUCCCGCCAGCAUUUCUAUCGGUUGAAUGAUCACAUCUUAAAGAGUGAGGCGAACCACGAUAAUUCCAACCAAACCGAAAGCAUCCCUCUUCCUGAACUAAUGGGGGAAGUAAAGGAACUUCAACCAGUGGAACGUGAGUACGAAGAUCUUGUAAACCAACUCCCAAGGGACUGCUCCAGCAUCUCCGGGCCUGCCGGCGUCUACCUCAUCCACCCUGGCCAAGCACCCUUCGACACCUGGUGUGUUAACGGCAGCACCUUGAUCCAACGCCGGUACAACGGUUCCGUGGAGUUCAACCGUAAAUUUGCUGAGUAUGUGCACGGCUUCGGCGACCCGGCUUCGGAGUACUGGUUGGGACUGGAAUCGAUGCACCGGUUAACCGCUGACAACUGCUCUUCCAUGCGAAUUGACAUGAGCGACAUUUACGGUGGAUUUUGGUAUGCCGAGUACGAGCAUUUCUACAUUGGCAGCGCUGAUACUGGAUACACUUUGGAAGUAGGAGGAUUUAAGGGCAAUGCGAGUGAUGCGUUUGAUUAUCAAAACCACAUGGAGUUCUCCGCUAUUGACCGUGACCGUGAUAUCUCAAACACCCACUGCGCCGGAAAUUAUGAAGGCGGCUGGUGGUUCUCCCACUGUCAGCAUGUGAAUAUUAAUGGAAAAUACACAUUAGGACUGACUUGGUUUGAUUCCGUGCGCAACGAGUGGAUUGCCGUAGCGACGAGCGAGAUGCGCAUGUCUCGCCGGCCUGGUUGCUCUUAAAUAGAUCAACCAUAAGUUAGACUUCAUACUCACUUAGUUAAUUGAUAACAAUUCAUAUAAACUAAUAUUCACUUUUAAUUAUGCCAAAGAUAAAAAAUAAGUAUGGGUAUUUUUAUUUCAUUAGAUUGAUUAGUUUCGUAGACAGUAUUAAUUUUUCUGACGUGCGUUUUCUUAUUUCAACCUUUGUUUUAUCGACUUCAGUUUUGAUACUUACUUACAUUCCAUUUUGUAUUUGAUUAGCUUUGGUUUAUAAAAGUGUAGGCGUGUAGAGUUUCAGGUGUGAACUUAUAAUAAAAAUUGUCAGGUGAGCGAUAUUCUUAGAGCGUAGAAAAAUCUGACGCCACAUACGGGUCUUUACUCGGAUGUUAUACAGCUCGACCCGGCAAACUAUUGAGUGCGUCACUUGUCUUAAAUAAGUUACUUCUAGCUUGGAUGCAGACAACUUAUCGCUAAGUUUAUUUAUCUAUAUUUUCUUACUACUUGUUUUAAAGUUUGUAAAUAUAAUUUUAUUAGGCAAGAGAAGCCAUAUUCUGUUCCACAUUAAUGGCAGAUAUAGUCAUGGGAGUUGUAAAUGGUAUCUAAUAUAAGCAAUUAGCUCGUAAGGAUGAUUAAUUGAAAAAGCAUGAAAUGCUUUAAUUUCGAAGGACUUGUUUAAGAACAUAUAACAAGAGGAUCGGGUGGUAAAUAUUUAUUUAUUACAAUAUAAUUUGACGAUGAUUUUAUUACAUUUAUGAGAUUGUUUUACAUUUCUGUUUUUGAUAAAAGACUGUCUGCUGAAAGCGUGUUUUGCUUUCGACAAUUAAUAUCAUUAUUGAUGUAAUUUAUUUAGAUUUGAUUGGUAUUGGCAUUUAUAACGAUAAGCUUACCUAUAAUAAAAUAUGUAAUAGCGUAAUUCAAUAUAAUCCAUAAAAAGUAAUAAUGCAUUUAAUCCAAAUACUCGUAGUAUGUACUCGUAACUCGUGUAUGACGUAACAUGUAGCGUCUUUAUCCAAAUUAUCUCUCUAAUAGUAAUAGUAUGCGCGAACUGCGUAUUUUAAUUCCAUGUACCGAUCAAUAUUAUACCAAAUAAAGUUGAAAAAAAAUAAA